CACGCAGCCAGUGCGUCUUACGGAUGUAAACAUCAUUCAGUUCACAUGGAGGGAGAAAACCGACUAUGGCAACGAAGCUGCAGCGUUUUGUCAGCCCGGGAAAAGGUAACGGAGUGCGGGCUACAGCCAGGAUCAGGAGAGGAGAGCUGGUUUACUCCGCCGAGCCGCUGGGCUGCUGUGUGUCCAACAGACUGGCCAGAGAUGUCUGCCACCACUGCUUCACACGGCGUGAGACCUUGUUGAGGUGUUCCCAGUGCAAGAUGGCUCGCUACUGCAAUAUCACUUGCCAGAAACAAGCAUGGUCUGGCCAUAAGAGAGAGUGUAAAUGUCUGCAGAGCCUCCUACCCAGAAUUCCCACUGACUCAGUCCGUCUGGCUGCGAGGCUCAUCUUUGCCUUGUUAAGUCCAUCGAAGAACAGUAGUGAGGAGCUCUACACUCUAGAGGAGCAUGAAUCACACCUGAGUUCCAUGUCUGAGCAGAAGAAACAAGGUCUGUCUCAGCUGGCGUCCAUGUUACAGUUGUAUCUGCAACAGGAAGUACCGGACCUUGCACAGGGGAUGACAUCAGCACUGCCACCUUCCUGCCAAGAACCCCUCAACCUUAUUGCAAAGGUGACAUCUAACUGUUUCACCAUCAGUGACGGAGAGCUGCAAGAGAUCGGAGUUGGGCUGUAUCCUAGUUUAUCUCUGCUAAACCAUGACUGUAGGCCAAACUGUGUGAUGGUGUUUGAAGGAACAAAACUACGGCUCAGAGCUGUUCGGGAUAUCAACCCUGAAGAGGAGCUAACUAUAAGUUACAUAGAGACGUUGUCAUUGACUGAGGAUCGACAGAGACAGCUGGAGGACCAGUACCAUUUCACCUGCCACUGCCAGCGAUGUGACUCUCAAGACACAGACAGACUCAUGCUGUCAGGUGAAGAAGCAACAUGGCUCCUGUUGAAGGAGGCUUUACCCAAACUGGAAGGACUGAGAGCAGAGUCGGAUUGGCAAGCACUAUUAGAGAGUUGUAGACAUCUGUUAUCAACUGUUGGUGGUGACAUGCCUGAAGAAAAUCUGUACAAGCUCAGGAUGACAGACAUGGCUGUAGAUGCCUCCAUUCAGCUGGGACACUGGGAGGAAGCUGUAGGAUACGGGGAGAAGACACUUCCAGCAUACAGACAAUACUACCCUGAUCCCCAUCCGGUCCAUGGAGUCCAGCUGAUGAGAGUUGGAAAGCUGCAGCAUUACCUGGAACGCAUCAAGGAUGCUUUUGACACAUUCAGACAGGCCUAUGAAAUUAUGAAGCUCACUCAUGGUGAUGAUCACUCCUUGAUUGCUGAACUAUUGAUGAAGAUGGAGGAAUGUCGCGCUGAGAUGGAUCAACAAUCAUCCAGCAGACACUAAAACACAGAAACAAAAGAACUGCAGCUGGACCUUUUUUAUAUAACUCAAUGGACUGAUUUUACUUUCUGACUUUCUGCUGUAGUCAGUGUAUAUUCAUCAGAUUUUCAAGUGAGUAAAUGUAAAGUCAAGUUUGUAGAGUUUGUAAUACAAACAAACAUUGGAGAGAAAUACAUUUUAUCUACUGUACAUUUUAACUGAUCAGUUUUGUCAUUUUCUCACAUAUCAGUAUGGAAUUGUUUGAUUAAAAUUCACCUUGGUGACAGUUUUUCAUUUUGUAAAAUGCUAAUGACGUUACUUAAAGGUACAGUGUGGAGUUUUUGACCUCUAGUAGCGUUAUGGAGCAGUUUUUUACUGAGUGGGUCCCUGUUUUGUUUGUUUCAUGCACACACAUGAGGGUGCACGUACACGCAGGUGAUGCUACUGUUUCACACUACUGAUCUACAGGUGGUGGUAAAGCACCAAUAUACAGCAAAUCACUGAAGAAGAGGACUGCAAGUUAGUAAACAUGGAUGUGAAUAAUGAUUGAUUGAAUGAUUUGCAACAUUUAAGAAAAAUAUUUUCAAGCUUCAAGACCUUUCAAAUGUUUCAUAAGUGAAUUCUUAAGCACAAACACAAUUCUCUCAUUCAUUUGAAUGAAGCCAGUCA